GCGCUCCACCGACGCUCAGCGAACGCCCGGGCCUGCGGCGCUGACCGGACUGACGCUCCAUCGCAUGACGGCGGAGGAUGACGCGCAGUCCUUUUUGGAGGCCUUUGAGGCGAUGGCGGAGGCGUGCAGCUGGCCGGCGGAGGAGUGGUCGGUCCGGCUUUUACCUCUCUUAUCCGGGGAGGCACAGACGGCGGCCAUGGGGCUGCCACCGGCGGCCCGGCGGGACUACGCAUCCGUGCGUAAGGCGGUCACCGACAGGCUGGGGCUGCUGCCAGAGGACCACCGCCGGCGGUUUCGGCAGACCAGGUUGGAGCCGGGGGACCGGCCGUUUGCGUACGGGCAGCGGCUCAAGGACGCCGCGAACAGAUGGCUGCUGCCUAACGGCGUUGGGGGGAAGGAGGCCGUGAUGGAAAAGGUGGUCUUGGAGCAGUUCGCGGAGGGGCUCCCGGCCCGGACGGCAGCGUGGGUGAAGUACCACCGCCCACCGACCCUCAAAGCGGCCAUCACCCUCGCAGAGGAUCACCUGGCGGUGCACCCCAGUGGGCAGCGGGACGAGGAGGGUACGCCAUCCCCGGACCGACCAGCGCGACGGCGAGGGGGGCAGCCGCAGCCGGUGGAGCGACCCGUGCCGGCCCCGCGACGGACAUCGUUCCUUCCGGCCCGCUACCCGCCGACCGCUCCGAUGCCCUUCCCGACCCACAGAGGGGUUCUCAAACGCCGGGGCAGGAAUGUUGGAGCCUGGAGGGAGGCGGAGUCUGUUGCCCUGGUGUCCGCGGUACCGGAAAGAGAAGAGCUGGGGCCGGAGGUGCCAAAAGCGGCUGAUCCCACCCCGCUCCCGUACGAGGCCCGUCUCUCCGAGGACCAGAGAACGGACAUCGCCCAGUUGCAGAAGCAGUUUGCUGACGUGUUCUCCCCCCUGCCAGGCCGGACCGACCUGAUAGCUCACCGAAUCGAGACUCCCCCGGGGGUGACUAGCAGUGAGAGCGGCGGCGAGGAGGCGAGAGACGCGGAGACCUCACUGCUCUGUCUUGGUGGCCCAGCGUCUCACGGGCAUUGCAACCGGCAUCACACAUGGGGGUUUCCUGCGGCCUACCUCGGGAUCCUCUAG